GGCGACAAGCUGUCUGCUGGAUGGGGGCCGCUCCCUCACGUUGUCCACUCGAGAGCCUCAGGAAAAGCUGCUUCCCUAGAUAAGGCGCCCGGGUGGAGGCAGCCUUCAGGCGGGCGGGCGGAGGCUCGGAGGCUCGGAGGCUCCAGGAGCCUUGGAAGUUUGCUAAAGAACCCAAGCCGAGCAAGCUCCGAGAACUGCUGCCGGCACCCUCUCUGAGGACACCUUCCCACAUCCCCUCCAGGACAGCGGCAGCCGCCAUGAAGCUGGUCCUCCUCUUGUGCCUGACGCUGAUCAGCCCUCAGCUGGCCUCCCUCCGACGCCACAACUCUCGUGAGACAAGGAAGAAAAUCAAGGAACCCGCUGUCCAUGACACAGUGGCCCCCAGCACCAGGGAAUUCACCUUUGACCUCUACAGAGCCUUGGCUUCCAAUGCCCCUGGACAGAACAUCUUCUUCUCCCCUCUGAGCAUCUCCAUGAGCCUGGCCAUGCUCACCCUGGGGGCCCGCUCCAACACCAAGGCGCAGAUCCUGGAGGGCCUGGGCCACAGCCUGCAGCCCGACUCAGAAGAGGAACUCCACAACACCUUCCAGAAGCUUCUGCAGGAGCUCAGUCAGCCCAGAGAGGGCCUGGAGCUCAGCCUCGGCAACGCCCUCUUCAUGGACCCUAUAGUGAGCGUUCAAGAGGGCUUUCUGAGGGCCAUGAAGACUAUGUACCAGGCGGACAUUUUCCCCACCAACUUCGGGAACCCCACAGAAGCCCAGGAGCAGAUCAAUGACUAUGUGGCAAAGCAAACCAAGGGCAAGAUUGUGGACUUGAUCCAGAACCUCGACAGCACCCACAUCAUAGUGAUGGUGAAUUACAUUUUCUUUAAAGCUAAGUGGGAGACAGGCUUCAGGCCCGAAAACACCAAGGAGCAAGAUUUCCACGUGAACCGGGACACCGCCGUGAAGGUGUCCAUGAUGAACCGGGAGGAUCAAUAUUACUACUUCCUGGACCGAAACCUCUCCUGCGAGGUGGUGGGGGUCCCCUACGAAGGCAACGCCACUGCCCUUCUCAUCCUCCCCGGCGAGGGCAAGAUGGUGCAGGUGGAGAACGGCCUGACCGGGAAAAGGCUGGGGAAGUGGCUUCACUUGUUCACCAAGAGGCAGCUGGACCUUUACCUUCCCAAGUUCUCCAUCGAGGGCUCCUAUCARCUGGAGAAAAUCCUGCCCAAGCUAGGGAUCAGCCAAGUCUUCACCUCCCAGGCCGACCUGAGCGGCCUCACCAACCACUCCAACAUCCAGGUGUCCGAGAUGGUGCACCGGGCCGUGGUGGAGGUGGACGAGUCAGGAACCAAAGCAGCUGCAGCCACCGGGUCAGUCUUCAUGUUCAGGUCGGCCCGACUGGGCUCUCAGAGGGUCGUGUUCAACAGACCCUUUCUGCUGGCCAUCUUGGAAAACACGAACAUCCUCUUCUUUGGCAAAGUGACCCGACCCUGAGGGCAGUUUUCUCCUGGAAUUCACAGGCUCCACAGGGGGAGACAGGGGUGAGCAUGGCCCAUCUAUCUGCUAGUAGCUGGUGAUUAACAUAGGUUUAGCUGACUAUUGGGACAUCACAAAUAAUAAUAAGAUCAAUAUACUGGUGAUUACUUCUUACACAAUUGCAAGACAUGGGUGCCUUAGAGAAACCUGGAGAACAAUCGGUCUUGUCCUUGCUGUCCAUCAGUGGAGAUUGGCACUGAGGCUCAGAAAGGCCAGUUGACUCAUCCAAGCUCCCACAACAUUAGUACCCCAGACAGGCCCAGAGUUCAGGCCACUGAUGCUCAGAUCAGUGGUUCAAACACAUUUAGAAGACAGUUCCGGUUGCUGAGAGACACCAGGAGGCACAUUUUUAAGUCUUGUCCCCCAUCUCUCAGCAACAACUGUCAGUUCCUCAUAGUUUGGAAAGAGUUCUAGAUGGGGCUACUCACCCUGCUUUAACCAGCUGUGUGACAUGGGAUUCACACCGGCCCCCUCUGGACUUCAGGAUCCUCAUGUCUCCAGUGAAAGGAUCCCAAUAAAGGACCCUUGAAGUGUCCCAUGUCAGCCUUGGUUGACUUCAGCACAUUUGAGUGUUAGGUAAAACAGAGGCCAGGGUGGAAGUGUCCCAGUGCAGGAUUGCACUAACCGGUGAAUAGUUACCCUUUCAUGGGCCUGGCUGAGGAUGACAGAACCGAGGUCUAUUGCAAAGGGGAGAGGAGCAGCUGCAGACCCUGAUGACUAACCCUGUGAAUUUCAUGUCAGCAAUAAUAAUAAAGCAUUUUUCAAAUA